AUGUGUGUUUUGAGUUCCAUCUUCUCAUUUAUACCAAUAUUACACGCAAUAAGAACCUAUAACCGACGUGCUGCUCUAAAUGAUUUUCUUGCUGGUAUUUCAGUAGCUUUCGUGCACCUUCCUCAAGGUUUAGGGUUUGGACUGUUAGGUUCACUAAAACCAAUUCAUGGAAUAUAUUCAACAUUUUAUCCAGUACUGCUGUAUUUGGUAUUUGGAACUUCUCCCCAUGUAUCUCUUGGGACUAAUGCUGUACUGGCCGUGUUAACAGCUAGUGUCGUUGAACGAGAAGCCAAAUUGUGGGUUGAUUUGAAUAACCACACUGUUAUUUCUGACGAGGAAAUCUUACAAUACAAAGUCGGUAUUUCCAUGAUGUUAACAUUUUUCGCCGGAGCUAUAUUGUUACUGAUAGGUCUACUAAGGCUAGGAUUCCUGACCAACUAUUUAGCAGUUUCAUUCAUUGGUGGCUUUACGACAGUAUCGGCUAUACACAUCACAACAAGUGAAAUUGGCAAAAUGUUAAAUAUUGAGGUGAAAGCUUAUUCUGGAACAGGCAAAAUCAUUAAAACCUUUAUUGAAAUAUUCUCCAAUAUCAAAAAGACAAAUAUUGCAGAUUUGAUCAUUUCUAUAGUCAGUAUUGUUAUUUUGCUAACCGUGAAAAUAUUUGUCAAUGAAAAAUACAAGGCACGUUUGAAAAUUCCAAUUCCAAUAGAUUUAAUUGUUGUUGUAUUAUCAACAAUUAUUUCCUAUGUUUCAAACUUCAAAGAUGUUUAUGGAGUGGCAAUUGUUGGAGAUAUACCAACUGGAAUGCCACCACCUAUACUUCCAAAUUUUGAGUCCACUCCUCGAGUAGCUAAGGACAGUUUUGUGGUAGCCAUAUUGAUUUUUGCACUGACUAUUUCAAUGGCUAAACUAAUGGCGAAAUUGAAUAACUAUGAGUUGAAUAAUAAUCAAGAAUUGGUGGCUUAUGGGAUGAGUAACUUGUUUAGUUCGUUUUUUCAGUGUUUUCCU